AAACAUGCAUCUUCAUUUCCGAUACUCUCAGCUUCACGUAGCGGCAAAGUUUAACUAAUCUUCAACAAGAAGUGAGGAAUACAUUAUGUCAUCAUUGGUACCAGCUGUGGUUGAGAAGCACCUGGACUCAAUAUUCCAUUGGAAUGAUGGAACUUUUGUUCUUGCAUCUUCAAACCUAACUGGACGAUACUGGAGUGGUUCAGUUUGGUGUUUUAAAUGUGCUGAUGAUGCUCCAAAUGUGGAGAAGUGUCUGACUGGAGUUGAAACAGAUUCUGGUGUUUGUGAUGCAGUUAGUGUUGAGCAGAAUAAGGUGAUCAUAGGGACUGAUUCAGGUUCUGUGGAGCUCCUAGAAUUCCAGACUAAUGGUGAGGCCCCCUUAUUAAACAGUAUAUUUUAUGGCCUAGAGCAUGAUGAUCUUGUUUCUUGUGUAGAUGUAAAUUCAUCAGGAGACAAGGCAGUAAGCUGCAGCUAUGAUAAAAGUAUAAAAAUAUGGGAUCUAGUAUCCAUGGCAUCCGUUGGAACCUAUCGACCAGCUCAUACAGACUUGGUUUGGAGAAUAUCCUGUUGUCCUGUUGAACCAGAGGUUUUUCUAUCUUGUGGACAA